UUGUAUUAUCCUCUAAUUUGUAGGCAGCAGGAGGAUGACAAUAGAAGUUCUUGAGUUGCUUGUUGAAGACCUGUACCUUACUGGCGAUGCUAUUUCUGAGAAUGUUUGGGAAGAUGAGAGCCUUUUUGGAUUGGAACUGAAAGACAAAUUGCUUCUGGUCUUGGGCUUGCUUGGAGAAACUAUACUAUAUCACAAAACCAAUAUAAGUGCAGAGCAGCCUGAGGUGAUGAUGGUGCAUCACAGAAUGGCAUUUGUUAGCAUUUCACUUUUCACAGUUAGAUUGCUGCAAACACUUCUUCCUGUGGAAAAGGCAAGCAAAGUUUUGCAAAAAAGCUUGCUGAGUGCUUUGUUCCUUCUGUCACUGGACGUGCCCUUUUCCUUGGAAUAUCCAAGCAUUCACGAAGCCGUUGCAGCCUAUUUGGAGCAGAUGAGUUCUGAGAACUACAGUAUUUAUAAACAAGCUUCAGAAGCUGCUUAUUCAAUUGAGUGUACUUGUACCUUUAUGAUUGAAGUUCGUAAGAAGGGGGAGAAGAAUCUUACUGAAUUAAUAGAAUUAGCAGAUCAGGCCUUACGUAGCCUACACUACCAUCAACACUUGACCUUGCUUCAGGAGAGUAUUCAUAUAUGUUCUAAUAUUUCUAAGUCUGCUCAGGCUGACCCAUUGCUUCACACUGGGAGUCAGAAUGUGCUUCUCCGUCUAUUGGCUCAUCCUUUGCUGAAUAUAAAAGCUGAAGCUUAUCGCUGCUGUCUGGAAGUGGUUAAGGGCUGUUUAGAUAUUCAUAAUGUUGCUGAAUCUGUCUCUUCAAUCUGCCAUGGAAUACAUUUUCUUCUUCAUCCGAAAGUUUUAUAUGAAAUUGCUACGUUUGGACUUCAGGAAGAAAAAAUGAGGUAAACUCCUCAGCCAAGGCCAUUCUGAAGCAUCUAUUGCAAGGCCAGUUAGUAAUGACGAUAUUGACUUGGAACAAGUUUCUUGAGGCUCUCUAUCCCAUCAUUCCUGUUUUACAGGGUUAUGUUGACACAAAGGAUGAGCUAGGUAACUGCAUCCUCACUUUGAGUGAAACAUCUGAUAAAGGAGAUGGUAUUCUCCCUACAACUACCAGACUACGAGCUGCUCUGCGUCUUCUCUUCUCAAAAAAGCACUUGGUUCGUUCUAUGGCACUUAAACAUUUAUUAUUCCAUCUUUUGAAUGAAGAAGGAGCAAGCUUGAAACGUCCAUGUCUGCAUGGCAGUGUGUUUACGAGUAUAUCAAACUUAUUUAUUAUAGAAGGAACUAUUGAGCUGAAAUUGGGUGAUAAAAUGGAGUCUAUAUUUAAGGUAAGCUCUAUCCAAAUACUGUAUCGUUGUCAUAGUGAUACAUUGUAACAAUCAUUUGCUACUCGUUUGUUCGGUUGUUUUUUUUUCUUUUCCUUCAGGGCUAUGUGCUUUUUAGGAAAG